UCCAACUUCUUGACGAGUGAAUCUUCCCAACACCGGCACGAUGCUGGCCACGCAGAAGCUGUUGGGCGCUUCUGCACCGCUCGUGCGGCAGUCUGCAGGCCUCAAUCGCGCCCAAUGGCGAAGCGUGCAGCGUCAAUGGCAGCGCCAACUUUCGCUGCAAUCCAGCCGACCUCGAAUCGCCCAACAUGCCCGAAAUGCGCAACAACGAUACCAAUCGACUGGUGAACAGGCAAAAGAGGCAGCAGACACAGCGAAAGCGCAGGCUGUCAAGGCGGGAGUAGCCACCGCCAAUACAGGCUCUCGUUUCGUCGCAUAUGUCUACGGAACUGGUCUUGUCCUCUUGCUGAGCUUCGGCUACUCGUAUGCCACGGAUACACGCGCCAGCAUCCACCAAUUCGCUGUGACUCCUCUCGUUCGCCUACUGUUCCCGGACGCCGAAGACGCGCAUCAUGCUGGAGUCCGAUACAUUAAGGCAAUGCACGACUUUGGCUUAGCUCCACGAGAACGCGGAAAUGCGGAUAAAGCGCUGGGAGAUUUGAAGGUCGAGGUCUUUGGGCACAUCUUAGACAAUCCGCUGGGGACAUCAGCAGGAAUUGACAAGGAUGCUGAGAUUCCUGACGCGUUGUUUGCGUUGGGGCCUGCGAUUGUGGAAGUGGGAGGCGCGACACCUUUGGCGCAAGAGGGGAACCCUAAGCCCAGAGUCUUUCGAAUACCCAGUCAGAAUGCCUUGAUCAACCGAUACGGCCUCAAUUCGCAAGGAGCGGAGCAUAUGGCAAUACAGUUGCGGGAACGAGUACGACAGUUUGCAUAUGAGAACGGGCUAGGGCUUGAAGCAGAAUCAGAGCAGAGGAUACUGGAUGGCGAAGCUGGCGUGCCUCCGGGAAGUCUGGUGGAUGGCAAGUUACUGGCAGUACAAGUGGCCAAGAACAAGACGACACCAGAUAACGAUAUCGCGGCUGUUGCAGCGGACUACGUCUUCUGCGUAGAGCAUCUGGCCAAAUACGCCGACAUCCUGGUCGUGAAUGUAUCGUCGCCCAACACACCUGGCCUGCGCGAUUUACAAGCAACAAAGCCGCUGACAGCUAUUCUUUCGUCUGUCGUAGAUGCAGCCAAGUCUGUGGACCGAAAGACGAAACCCGCAGUCAUGGUCAAGGUGUCGCCAGAUGAGGACUCGGAUGCGCAGAUAGAAGGAAUCUGCACUGCAGUCUGGUCAUCAGGCGUCGAUGGAGUCAUUGUUGGAAACACGACCAAGAAGCGACCUGAACCAAUACCGAAGGGAUACGUCAUGCCCGCAGACGAUGUGCGAACACUCACUGAAGUCGGAGGAUACUCUGGGCCUCAAAUAUUUGAGAGAACACUAAACCUCGUCAAGCGUUAUCGAUCGAAGCUCGAUCAAGGACCGUACGACAAUCAGCCUGCAGACACACAGAAGGCAGUCCAGAGCCCCCUCGAUCCACUUGAACGUGGUCUAAUAGGCGAUUCGACACCUGAAAAUGCCCAACAGCAUGCAUCACAAGAGAGCAUCGCCCGCGAUCAGCAACGACUAAAGCCGUUGACGAGCGAAGCAGAAGCCGACAGCAAGCGACCACUGAUUGAACUUCCCGAGCGACACACUUCCGAGCAGCCUGAGGCGGCGAAGCACGUCGGAAAAGCUGCUGGUCCAGUUGCGACACAACCCACCGAUGCUGCUGCCCCACAGAAUGCGACGCAAAUAGGCAAGGCUAGCUCACCCAGAGAAGCCGCGGAAGGAGCAGUUCAGAAGGUGAUUUCCGUCGGUGAAUCCAGCACCGAAGCCGCCAAGUCAGAACUGCAAUCCGCAGCAUCCCAGGCCAAAGACCAAGCAGAGCAAGUGACGGAGAAGGCAAGAGCCAGUGCCGAACAAUUCAAAGCCAAAGCAGAAUCCGCUAAAGACCAAGCCCAAUCCGCCGCAGCUCAAGCGAAAUCUCAAAUCGACUCGGCGACAUCUGACACCAAAGCCAAAGCAUCCGAACUCGCCAACAAGGCAUCCUCUACCGCCCAAUCAGUCGCUACAGCAGCCAAAGACCAAUUCAACCACAUCACAAGUGAUCCAUAUGCCGAAGUCUCAGCGCCUAAGGUCGACGCUCCACCUGUCAAAGACAAGGUUAUCUUUGCGACGGGAGGCAUCACGAAUGGCGAGCAGUGUUUGCAAAUCUUGAAUGCGGGUGCCAGCGUGUGUCAGGUGUAUACUGCUAUGAUGUAUGGUGGUGUUGGGACGAUUACGAGGAUGAAGACGGAGAUGAGGGCGGAGUUGAGAGGGAAGGGGAAGAAGGAGUAGACAGGGACAGAGGCAGAGAAAUGUACAGAUCCAUGGAUGAAGUUCGUCCCGUUUGUAUACAUAUCAAACAUAUACCAAAGAUGUGUUGUGCACGUGGACAUGCACCUUUGAGGGCAUGAUGAAAGUAGAUUUUCAAGAAGCUUUUCGUUGUGAUAGAUGAUAAUACAACAGUAGACUGCCCUGUCUGCAGUCGCGCCACCCUCCCAGCCC